AAGGUUUUCGGUGACUUUAAAUCGAGUCGGAGUGAGACCUCCUGCUCCCGGUCGCUGCUGUGUGUAACGGAGGACAUUUUGAGCUGCUGCGGUCGGUCCGGUUCGAUAGUAAAGUGUCAGCCUGAAUUUGUGGCUGACUUGAGAGUCUGUCCCCAGAGUGAGCUGUAGUCGGUUAAACAGACAAGAUUUAACGGGAAACCGGUGAAGUUUAACCGUGUUAUAUGUAGCCAGUCAGCUAGCUCAGCCAACCACAAAAGCUAGCAAAUUCCUAGAUGCUAGUUAGUUAGCGUCACCUAGCUGGCCUGCCCUCCUCCUCCUUCCUCCUCCUCCUCUACCACCACUACCACCUCCUCGACAGCCGGUCCCUCCAGUCAGACAUAAUGGCUUUAAAACGAAUUUCUAAGGAGCUGACCGACCUGUCCAGAGAUCCCCCGGCCCAGUGCUCCGCCGGGCCCGUCGGUGAAGACAUGUUUCAUUGGCAGGCUACUAUUAUGGGUCCUCCUGACAGUCCCUACCAGGGAGGCGUCUUUUUCCUCACUAUUCAUUUCCCCACAGAUUAUCCCUUCAAACCACCCAAGGUCGCCUUCACAACAAGAAUUUAUCAUCCAAAUAUUAACAGUAACGGCAGCAUCUGCUUGGAUAUAUUGAGAUCUCAGUGGUCUCCAGCGUUAACUAUCUCUAAAGUCCUUUUGUCCAUUUGUUCUCUGUUAUGUGACCCGAAUCCUGACGACCCGUUAGUGCCAGAGAUCGCCCGCAUCUACAAAACAGACCCUGUCAGGUACAACAAGACAGCUCAGGACUGGACUCAGAAAUACGCCAUGUGAUCCGCCGCCGGCUGGACACACCUGUUUGAGUUUCUCACGUGGCCACGCCCCCCUCUCCCUCCCCCCCUUCACCACCUGUAACAGCAAUUUGUUCACGUUUCUGUUUGUCCCAUCUUCAACUCGAAUGCUUUUAAAUCCUCCGUCUGUCUGCUUUGAACACAAGCGAAUGAAGGGCUGCGGCCUCGGAGCUGCGAACGUGCCAACAAACCCCACGAAGCCGAGCGGACUCACCUGACAGGCGACGCAGCGCGAGGAAACGCUCAUCGAUGCAUGUCAGUGAUUGGUUCAUGUGCUGCUCUGAACACUCGUUUUAAAAAGAAAAAAAGGCAAAAGCUUUUUCAGUUUGUAGUUUUUUUGUUUAGAGGUUUUAGACGAGAGCCGUUAGUUCAUCCAUCAUCCAACACUGUUCUCCUCUUUUUGCACUGAAAAGAAACGAAGCUCCCAGCGGCUGAUUGAUCAACUAAUAGCUCUGUGAUGGUUUCUCAAUAAAGUUGAACAAAUUGCA